AUGGGGAAAACAUGCAACGACUACUCCGCUUGCGGUAGAAGAAUAAGUGCGAUGCGGUCGGUAGCACUGCGGAUGCAUAACUGGGACAUAGAUGGUGAAGCAAAGUUUAAAGUUCAUAGCCAUUCAUCCAUCCAUUUCCAGAAUUGUCCGCAGAACUCCGAGAAACGCAUUAACGAGCAAGAAGAGUGCGGGCGAAAAGCGAUUGGUUCAGGUCAAUUUCAUCUUUUUGACAAUUGUGAUCUAUGUUUUUUAUUAGAAAGACAUCUGCCUUGUUCCAUCGGUAAUGCCUGA